CAGGCUGCAACCCAACAACGGCUCUUCUCUCUAUAAAUACACAAAUCAUGCGAAAUUGACAGCCAGUUAGAAAUUUCGACUAACAACCUUAAGACUCUCUUUCUCCUGCUAUGACAAACGAUCAACGCUUUGUGUUACUGCUGCUCAUUGGUUUGGCCAGCGGUGCUUGGCUAAGUGCUAGCACUACAGCUCAAACUUUUAGCUCGGAGGAUCGUGGUUCGAUACUUAAAUUCAUGGAUGUGCUGAUGAAUUUUCUAGAUGCCGAAACCGAGAAUGGAACGAGCACUGAGUCUCCCAAUGGAAAUGACACCACCACCACCGAGACGAGUAAUGCCACAGACUCGAGUACCAUUAGCACUUCCCAAAGCAGCGAGAGCACCGAAGCAACGAGCAGCAACAGCACAACUCUCGCCACAAACGCCACAGAGUCGAGCAGCAGCAGCAGCAGCACCAACAGCAGCACCACCGAUGCGACGAGCACCACCAGCAGCAGCCCAGUAGCAACCACUCGACGUCGCAUUUGCUUUAGGCGAGUCUGCUAUAAGUUCAUGAACGAUAAGGGCUAUAUAUACUAA